AUGGUGGUGCAGAAGGUGACUGCUAACAUGGACUCAGCAAAUACUAGAAAGGAUGGAGGUGUUGGUGGUAAUAUUCCACCACGGGGGAGAAGUGCUGAAGAGCCUGAUGCUGGAGAAGGCAACGCUGCUGUUGAUGACCCGAACAAGGACAAGGAAAGUGUAGGGAAGGACUCACAGGAGGAUGGAUGGCAGGUGUACACAAGGAAAUCCAGGAGGAGGAGAGCUAGACGUGCCUCAUUGAAACCUUGGGGUUCUUCUGUUUCUUCACCAAAAGCUGGUUGGUCUUCUGGUAAGGAUUGUGCUCCAUUGGAACCUUGGGGUUCUUCGAUUUCUUCACCAAAAGCUGGUUCGUCUUCUGGUAAGAAGGAUUGUGCUCCAUUGGAACCUUGGGGUUCUUCAAUUUCUUCACCAAAUGCUGGUUCGUCUUCUGGUAAGAAGGAUUGUGCUCCAUUGGAACCUUGGGGUUCUUCGAUUUCUUCACCAAAAGCUGGUUCGUCUUCUGGUAAGAAGGAUUGUGCUCCAUUGGAACCUUGGGGUUCUUCAAUUUCUUCACCAAAUGCUGGUUCGUCUUCUGGUAAGAAGGAUUGUGCUCCAUUGGAACCUUGGGGUUCUUCGAUUUCUUCACCAAAAGCUGGUUCGUCUUCUGGUAAGAAGGAUUGUGCUCCAUUGGAACCUUGGGGUUCUUCAAUUUCUUCACCAAAUGCUGGUUGGUCUCGUGGAAACAACAGUCUCCAAAACAAUAGUCGGCCUCUUGGCAGAGGUAAUUAUAAGCAGAAACCACGGCACAUGGCUUCAGCUCCGGUUAUACCUCCGCCUCUGCCACAUGGCUGGCAGUGCGCAACAAGGUUUGGACCAUCUAGUUCUCGAUCGAAGGUAGAAGAAGACUGUCAUGUUGAGGUUGCUGAUGCGAAGGAGGAGGAGGAGGAAAUAGUCGAUGACAGCGAUGAUGAUCUCACUAGCUAUUAUGAUACUGAUGCAAGUCAAAGGGGCCACGAGACCAGAAGGAAGAACAAAUGGCUGCAGAAAUUUUUUGGAGAGAUGGAUGAUCUGACGGCCGAAGAAAUUAGUGAUCCAACCAGAGAAUGGCAGUGUCCUGCAUGCCACGGUGUUCCUGGUGCCAUCCGCCGUUACAAGGGCCUGCAGCGUCUUGUGAGCCAUGCAAAGACACAGAAGAAGGCCCGACUAAAGCUUCAUGGAGAGUUUGCUUCAAUGUUGGAAGAAAACCUUGGCCGUAGAGGAGCUUCUGCCGCACCUGCCGGUAAAGUGUUUGGCAAAUGGCAGGGGCCGAAGAACAUGACGACCGAUCAUGAGAUAGUCUGGCCUCCAGCGGUGAUUGUCAUGAACACCCGACUCGAUCAUGAUGAGAACGAAAAGUGGAUUGGGAUGGGAAACCAAGAGCUCCGCGACUGUUUCAGCUCAUAUGAUGUAGUGAAGGUCCGCCAUUCCUAUGGCCCUAAUGGGCACCGUGGGAUGAGCGUUUUGAUCUUCGAAGCCACUGCGACGGGCUACUUGGAGGCCGAGCGGCUGCACAAGCAUUUUGCAGAGCAGGGAACCGAUAGGGAUGCAUGGGCACACCCUUGCCCGAGGUUUUGUGCAGGUGGUAAGCGGCAGCUGUAUGGUUACUUGGCCCGGAAAGAAGACAUGGAUUCCUUCAACCGCCACCGUCAUGGUAGAUCUCGUCUGAAGUAUGAGAUGAGAUCAUAUCAGGAGAAGGUUGUGAUCCCGACGAAGCAAAUGCGUGAGGACGCUAAGCAACUCCCCAGGCUCGAGAAGAAGGUCAUGAGGCGAGAGCGACAGUACCAGACCCUCGAACAAACCCUCGAUGACGUAACCCAGCUAUUGCAUCAGGUCAUGGAAGAAAACAGCGCUGUGAAGCUUAGGGCCAAGCUCCAGCAUGAAGAACACAAAGCACAGGUGAUCUUAUUCUUCAUGACCUCUGUUCCACGAUCACUUUGGACUUUGAUCUUUGCAUUGGCUUAAUGAUGUUUAGAUGGACAACCAAGAGAGAUUUCUCAAGGAACAAAUGGACAAGAUGACUAAAGAGAAAGAGAGGAAUUUUGAGAAGCAGCUGCAGGAGGAGCGUGCAAAGGCAAAAGAUUCAGAUCAGAGGUUCAGGUAAAGCUUAAGUUAUCUACGAACACUUUCGUAAUCUUUAUGAUGAUGACUGUGACGGUCAUAGAAAUAUAUACAGGAACGAAGAGAUCGAAAGGUUCAUCAAUAGCCAAGUUAAAGAGGUGGAGAAAUUUGAGGCAGACAGAGAGAAGCUGAAGCAUGCACAUGAGCAGAAGAAGUUGGAACUGAAGAAGAGACGUCAAGCAGAGAAAGUCGAGCUGGCGAAGGAGUUGGAUGCUGCGCUGACAAAGUUGAUGGAGAAAUACACUCCUGCUGGUUUCCAUGCCUCCUCCACCAGUAGCUCUUAGAGGUUUUAGGAGAAGAGGAAUCGUGUACAGAAUCUUUCUUUCAUUUGGAAAAGACAUAAACAUGAGAGAGUC